UCGAUUAUUUUUUUGGAAUCAAUUUCAGUGUCAAAAUUUCAAUCAAAAUUUCAGUUCAAACAAAAAAUUAUUGGAUAAUGUAAAAAUUAGAAGUGCAAAUUUUGGUACCAAAUUAAAAAUGUCUUCAGAAAAUCUAGUUGCAGUUGGAGCUGCAUUGGUUGCAGCAAGUAGUUCCUUCAUUCUUGGACAAAAAGCUCAAAAUGCAGAAAUUUGUAAAAAUUUGACAAAUCUUAUUGAAAGUGAUGCUUAUGCUUUGUUUCUUAAGGAAAAGCUGUAUGAAGUGUUUAAAAGCUGCCCACCAGAUGAAACCAAGCCACUUAACCGAAUGAUGAAGAUCAUGAUGUAUGGAUUUCCUGGAUUGGACAACAUUCGUGUCUUAUCCGAUCACGUGUUAUCCUACGACCGCCGGAAUAGAGUAGCACACUGGGUGCUCGAACAUCUAACACUUCCAUGCAUCAGCAACCAAACUGGCGUAAAUCGAAGGAUAGCAAUUUUUCGUUCCGAUAUUGCCAUUCCCACAAUGUUCAGAUCCACCAAUCAAGAUUACUACCGUUCCGGAUUUGAUAGAGGUCAUUUAGCAGCAGCUGCUAAUCACAAAUGUGAUCAACAACACAUGAACGAUACUUUUAUAUUGAGUAACAUUGCUCCACAAGUUGGUGUUGGAUUCAAUCGUGAUGCCUGGAAUAAUCUUGAAAUGUAUACAAGAAAUCUCCUGGACACUUAUCCAGAAAUUUAUAUAUGCACUGGUUCAAUGUAUGAACCAAAGUACAAGAAUUCUAAUCUUUGUGUUGAAUAUAAUUUCAUUGGAACCAGUGUUGUUGCAGUACCAACGCAUUUCUUCAAAAUUCUACUCUGCAUAACGAGGGAUAAGAAAUUCAUCUUGGAGGCCUAUGCAAUGCCAAAUCAGUAUAUUGACAAUAAUAUUGAUUUGAAGACAUUCCGUCGACCUCCAGAAGCUAUAGAAAAGAUAACAGGCCUUCAAUUUUUCGACAAAAUUAAACGAAGUCAAUAUGAGUCAAUAAAUGGCAGUCAAGUUAAUCACACUGAAGAACCGGAAGAAACUACAGCUCCAGAUCCAUAAAAGUCAAUCUAAAAUGUCUUCAAAUUUUUCAUCUUAAACAUCGACUUAUUCAACAAUAGAAAAAGACGAAG